GCUGUGGGUGGAGAAGGGUCACAGCCCUCCCUGAGUGGGACUGGCCUGCUCCCUGCCCCUGUCCUCUCUGAGCUCCAGCAUGGUGUGUCUGUGGUUCCCCGGAGGCUCCUGGAUGGCCGCUCUGAUGGUGAUGCUGAUGGCACUGAGCCCUCCCCUGGCUCUGGCCAGGGACACACCAGCGCAUUUCCUGGAGCAGGUUAAGGCCGAGUGUCAGUUCUCCAACGGGACGGAGCGGGUGCGGUUCCUGGUCAGAGGGAUCUACAAUGGGCAGGAGAUCAUGCGCUUCGACAGCAACGUGGGGGAGUUCCGCGCGGUGAGCGAGCUGGGGCGGCCCGUCGCUGAGCAAUUGAACAGCCAGAAGGACUACCUGGAGCUGACGCGGGCGAAGGUGGACACGUACUGCAGACACAACUACGGGGUGUUGGAUGGAUUCCUGGUGCAGCGGCAAACUGCGCCCACAGUGACCGUGUUCCCGGCCAAGACCCAGCGCCUGCAGCACCACAACCUCCUGGUCUGCUCCGUGAACGGCUUCUACCCGGGCCCCAUCGAGGUCCGCUGGCUGCGGGACGGCCGGGAAGAGCAGGCCGGGGUGGUGUCCACGGGCCUGAUCCGGAACGGGGACUGGACCUUCCAGAUGCUGGUGAUGCUGGAAACAGUGCCCCGGAGCGGGGAGGUCUACACCUGCCACGUGCAGCACCCCAGCAGCUCCAGCCCCGUCACCGUGGAAUGGAGGGCCCAGUCCGGAUCCGCACAGAGCAAGGUGCUGAGUGGAGCCGGGGGCUUCGUGCUGGGGCUGCUCUUCCUCGGGGCGGGGCUGCUGGUCUCCUUCAGGGCGCGGAAAGGACACUCUGGACUCCAGCCCACAGGGCUCCUGAGCUGAGGCGGCCAUGGCGACAAGGGCAGGAGACACUUCUGUUCGGCCCCUUCGCAGCCUGAAGAGGUUUCCUGCUGGGCUCUCACUCCACAAGGAGAGCCGCCUCGGGCUCUGGGGGGUCCUGGCUCCUGACCCCCAGCAGCUCCUCCCUGCUGGUUCCUAACCGCCCUGGACCUUAGAGGCCCCAGUGUUUGCCGCAGAGCCUUAGCUCUAUCCCUCCCCGACACUUUGGGAUCAACCCCCACCAUCUGCUGUGCACCUUAGCUCACCUCUGCCCACAUCUAUACUAAUAAAAGUGUGAUAUGCUAAUUAGA